AGUCAAGCCCACUGUGAAGCAACUCUACCGUGUGGAGUUCAUCUUCUUCUUCUUCAUCAUCUUUCAGUAACAGAAUCCCUAACUAGUUGCAGUCGAAGGCAUCGUUUUUCUUCACGAGUGAAGGAGAUUUGAUGCUUUGGAGUUUUAGUUGAUUAGAAGAAGUUUCACUUGCACACUUUUGCAAUCAUGGAUCCAAAUGGUUGCGUUGAUGAUAAGUGUGAAAGUAGACUCUAUAUUGGUAACCUUGAUCUUAGAAUUACAGAAGCUGCUCUGCUCAGAAUGUUUUCUCCCUUUGGAAAGAUUGUUUCUGAGGACUUCUUGUGGCACACUCGUGGCCCGAAACGUGGGGAGCCACGGGGUUUCGCCUUUAUCCAGUAUAGCACAAAUGAGGAAGCGAAAUUGGCCAAGGAGAAAAUGCAUGGGAGGUUAGCUUGUGGCCGGCCGUUGGUUGUUCGCCUUGCGGGUGAGAAGUACAUGUUGGAAACAGCCGAUAACCCUACGAAAGCAACUGGUGAAGGACACAAGUUGCAUCUUACCAGAAGCGGCAUGGGACAGACAAGUCGUAGCGCAAAAAUAGCCGCAAUAAAGAACAAAUUGAAAUCCUUAGAGGAGGGUUCUAGGACCAAGAAGCAAAAGCAAAAUGAUGAUAUCUCUUGAACCAACCAAGUAUGGAUUGUAGAAUUUGAUGGCAUAAAAUUGAAGGAGGCGCACGUAUUUGUGGCACCCAUAUAUUAGAAUGUCAUAUAUUUAACUUAGUUUUUUUUUUUUAAUUUUAAAGACUGAGGUCUGAGGCAAUUUGCUUUAUCAUAUGACAUUAUAUUAAGGAGGAACCUUCAAAUUUAAAAGAUGUACAAAUAUUAGUUUUACACUGCAAUCAUUGAUUUUU